AUGGCAACAUGUGUGCAUGUGGAGAACAUAAUUUGGAUGCAAAACCACAAUGGCCGUCGUAGGUCAAGCAACAGCAGUAGUGGAAGUAGCACAGCAACCUCAGACAUGAACAAAACUCAAGCAGCCAUAACGCUGCAGAAGCACUGGAGAGGCUACCAGACAAGAAACAAUGAUCCCAAGGCAGCUAAGAUUAGGGAUGACAUCAGACAUUCCAGGGCUGAACAACACAUCAAACACUUGACGGAGAAACUGCGCAGCACAGAGGAGGCCCUUGAGCGUGAAAGACGGCUACGGCACAUGCAAUUAGAUGCGAUCCGCACUCUCUGGAGAGAAAUCCAGAAGCUGCAGGUCAAUAAGCGUGAUGGUGUGAACACCCCAUCCACCCCCAUGACCCCUCUCACCCCCCUCACGCCUUUAGAUGCCAAGGAGGGAGCCACAGGUGGUCCCAAGAAGUACUCUGAAGAGAGUGUCAAAGAGCUUACUCAGUUCUGCCAGUCAUUGCAGGGCCAGGUGGGGCAGCUCCAGGAGUCACUGACAAUGGUGACUCAGGUGAUGAAUGCCUUCUGCAACCUUCCUGGGUCACAGUCACUGCUGACGAUGUCACAGUCAAGUGGGUCUGGCCAUGAGCGGUCACCAGGUGGAGCAGAUUCACCUAACUCUCAAAGUGCAGGAGCUCCCACAGCCCCCCUCAGUGAGUCAGUCACAUCCUUGACACACUCCAUCCGUGCACUUACCACCUCCAUUGUCAAAUCCCCUUCAGCACAUGUGGAGAGAAGAGUGUCAGGUGAAGGCCUUAUGGAAACAUGUGGGGAGAGCAGUGGCAGAGAAGGCAGUAGGAGGACCAGCUGUGAGGGCGGCAAUUGCAGCGAUGGCUCUGAGGGUACCCCAAUUGCUUGUCAGAAGCAGCCCAGCCACCUCGACCACCUUAAAAACACUGAGAUGGUUAAUUCAGUUACAUCGUUGGCUUCAGCUGACCUCAACUCAACUGCCUUGGAUGCCUCCACACUUUCUGUAGAUUCAGCAGAAGGAGGUGAGGCAGAUGCAACAGGACGUGAUGAGGCAGAGCUCUCUGAAUCCAGCCAGUCUUCUCUCUCGGGGAGUCUCUCGGGAAGCCACUCUGGCAACCAGUCAGGGAGCUCAGCUAGACAGGCAGCUACACAGGGGCCUCCAAGACCCUCCUCCCUCCCAGUCCCACGCCCUCACACACCACGCAGCACUGCCUCCUGACCCCUGGGCCCCCCACCUGCACUUGCUCUCCCUCCCUCCCUGUACCCCACCUUGAGACCAGCUCCUCGUGUCAUCCAACACUAUGCCACCGCUCUCUUGUCCUCAGUGCUCACUGGCCUCACUCUGCCUGCUGGAAACAAACUUAAGUGAACUAGCAAGGAAGAGACUCGCGAGAAAACCAAGACAAAAAAGGAAUCAUCAGGGUUGGGGUGUUAACAAAAAAGUCAUGAUCUCAUGGAAUCUCACUGAAUGGCUGCUUGUGUUGUAGAAGCCAUUGACACAAGGAAAGAAUCUUUUUAUAAUGCCAAAUGUUCUCUAGUCUAAAUUUAGAUGUAUUUUAUCAUUGUCCCACAAUGAAAAGAAAAAACUAAUAGUGAAUAGUCAUCUUUAGACAUCAAAGAAGUUACUGGAAGGACUAUAAGAUGUACAGAACUUAGAAGGACAAGGAUGCAGAAGUGAUAUGUCAUUUAGGUUAAUGUUUUCAUUUCUUUUUCCCAACAUUUAUACAUAAGUUCAAAGCAAAAACAAAAAGGCUUGUGCUUAGGUUUAGUCAGUUUAGUUGUCAAUGAACAUUUAUGUUGAAUAUGUUACUUUUUUUCUCUUUUAUUAUUAAGAAUAUCAUUGUACAGUGUUUUUUUUAUCUAAAGUUAUCCCAUGUAGUGCAGAUGUACCAGGGUUAGUCACAACAGUAAUCAGCAUACUUACCUUUUCCUUAUGUAGGUAUGAUAGUUUGAUAACCAAGAGGAGGCUUAGUUUCUGUAUAGAUCUAUUGUCCUUUGUAAUUUUUCUCGCUUUUCAGUAUGAGCUUAUCUCUCAACAACUUAAC